AUGUAUCACUUUAAUAUACACGCAAUAAUGUCAAAACUGAACAAAAAUAAAACCAAAACUAGUUGGGUUGAACCCACUUGGGAAGAAUUUAGCUUAGAAUAUGGAGAUAAUCAUUUCUUAUCCAGCUUGAGUGGUGAGAUCACUUAUACUCAAAACAAUGGUUUGAACCAAACAUCCAUUAGACAGUAUAAACAAUUUCAAGAUCAAAACGCCGAAAUAGGCUUUAUGACGCCUCCGGCGGCUGACCUCCAGCUUGAAAAAGCUGUCAAUGAAAACUUACAUGGAUUGUUUGAUUGCGAAAAGUUUAAUAGCUUGCCGGAUUUGCAGUUAAGUGACCUUAACCAAAUUGAAUUUAACAAUUAUCUCAAGUUAAAUCGUGUUGUUGAGUUCCAAAUAAAUGAUACUGAGGAGACCAGAUUAAAUUCAACAAAUGCUGUUGAAUUCCCAACUCACGAAUCAGUCAUGAGAACGGGGUUAGUUUUCAAUUCAGGUGGUCUACCUGUUCAUUCAAUGUGGUGCCCCCUCAAAUUCAAUGACAAAAAAUACUUGUUUUUAUCCGUUGUUGAAGAAGAUACCGAACUGAGUGAAUUCUCAACGAGCUCUUCCUGUAUUCGAAUUCUUGAAUUUGAUAAUGGUAAAUUUGAAUUAACUAAAACAAUCUUACUUGAUUCUGUAGUAAAGGAAUUUCAAUUUUCAACAAUCUCUUCAGACAGUAUUGCUUUAUUAGGUUUGACUUUAUCUAACGGCACUAUCGAAAUAUGGAAAAUUACACAGGAUACAGUCACUGGUCCAACCUCGUUUCAUCGAGUGUCAAGUGGUCCAGUAAUUUUAAAACUUGAUAAUCCUUUAUUGCUACUGACAUGUUGCACAUUCUCAAGUACAGAUACAGUUAUUGCUGGUACAAACCGUGGUUAUAUUGCUCAGUUUAGAGUUUCUACACAAAAACUUGAUUAUUUGAUCCCUACCAAGACGUGUGGAAUUACAAAUAUCAAAUGUUUUCUACCUGUUAUGGCAGAUGCCAGGAACUUGUCAGUCACUUUCUCAUCCUCUGAUUUUAGUAGCUAUUUCAUGAAGUUACCAUUACCUAAUUUCCGAAGUUCGAUUCUUAACAAUAUUGCACUUUAUGAAAUCGGAAUCACCAAUAAAGAUCUAAUGUUUGACAGAAACACUGACCAGCUUAGUAACUUAAAAACUGUCCUAUCCGUUGAGCAUCCUAAUUACAUUCGUGUGAGUACCAUAUCCAAUCCAAGUAGUAUGUGGAGGUAUAGGCUUGAUAAUGAUAAAGAUAUAUCAUGUAUAGCCGUGCAGAAAACAUCUGGGAAGAUACAAGAAAAUGGUCUUAUGGUGUUUACUGGACAUUCCAAUGGUUCAGUAAGACUUUUCAACUUUUUCAAUGUGCAUACGACUUAUGAACGUAAGUAUACAUCAUCGAGCAUUCGUUUAAUGAAGAUGAAUAGGUCGGCUCAUAACCCGUCCAAAUUCUGGCUGGAUUUGAACUAUGAGGUUGGUAGAUUGGGUGAUAUUGUAAAAAAGGAUCCAUUUAAACAGGUAUCAAUUGCUAAAACGAGAAAUAUUAGGAUAGUUGAUGACAUUAUGCUAUGUCCUUUAUGUGUGUCUUCGCUUGAUAAUUCUGUAGCUGUGUUGUAUGAUAAUGGUCUGGUUGUUCUCGAAGAGCUGUUAGUAUAG